AUGAUACUCAAUGAACUAAUACUAUCGGCUCUUUCGUUUGUUUCUUUUACAUUCGCUAUGGACCUUGAUACUUCUUCAAAGGAGUCCAUUUGUGGUGCUACAUCUUUAAUUAUCAAGGGUAUGCUGGAUUAUUACUGGGGUACUCAAUACGGUGGUACAGUCGGUAUGUUCCAACCUCCAUAUUAUUGGUGGGAAGCUGGUGAAGCUUUUGGAGGUAUGUUAGAAAAUUGGUAUCUAUGUCAAAACGAUACCUAUGCUGAUCUUUUAUUUGACGCCUUAACUGCUCAAACAGGUCCAGAUUAUGAUUAUAUCCCACAAAACCAAACAAUGGUAGAAGGUAAUGAUGAUCAAUGUAUUUGGGGGUUGACUGUUAUGGAUGCUGUGGAACGUAAUUUUACAAAUCCUACAGAAGGUCCAGGUUGGUUAGCUAUGGGUCAAGCAGUUUUCAAUACUAUGUGGUCAAGAUGGGACGCUGCAGAUUGUGGUGGUGGUCUAAGAUGGCAAAUUUUUACCUGGAAUAGUGGUUAUGAUUAUAAGAAUACUAUCUCUAAUGCUUGUCUUUUCCAAAUGGCUGCCAGAUUAGGUAGAUACACAGGUAACAAUACAUAUCUAGAUGUUGCUAAUGACGUAUUUGAUUGGUUAACUGGCGUUGGCUAUGUAAACAUGGAUAAUGCUGCAGAGGUGUAUGAUGGUGCUGACAUUUCAGAAAAUUGUACAGAUAUUACUAAAUAUCAAUGGUCUUAUAAUAAUGGUUGUAUGUUAGGAGGUGCUGCCUAUAUGUAUAAUGCUACAAAUGGUUCAUCUAUUUGGGAAACUCGUGUGACUCAAUUAUUAAAUGGUGCUAAGGCAUACUUCUUUCAAGAUGAUAUUAUGUAUGAAAGUGCAUGCCAAACUGCAAAGACGUGUAACAAUGAUCAAAGAUCUUUCAAGAGUUUAUUUUCUCGUAUGUUAGGGUUUACAAGUGUUUUAGUACCUUCUACAAGAGAUAUAAUCGAUCCAUUAAUUUUAGCCAGUGCACAAGGUGCUGCAAGAACUUGUAACGGUGGUACUGAUGGUCAUACCUGUGGGUUGAAUUGGCAAGCAAGUACACAUGAUGGCUAUUACGGAUUAGGUGAACAAAUGUCUGCCUUAGAAGUCAUCCAAAAUCUAUUAAUUCAUGAUCGUCCAGCUCCAUAUACAAGUAUCGAUGGUGGUAGUUCUGAAGGUGAUGCAAAUGCAGGUCUAAAUAAAACAAGUAAGAAUGUGUUAUCUAAUGAUUUAGAUAUUAAAACUGGUGAUAAAGUCGGUGCAGCUAUUUUGACAGCUGGUGUUUUGGCCAUCUUAGUUGGUGGUGCUAUCUGGAUGUUGUUUUAA